CAGCGUAAAUAAUACUUCCUAAAAUCAACGUAUGGUUCGUGACUAGCAGAAUAAAGUGGACUACAAAUAGAAGCAAAAUUCAGCAAAGAUGGUGAAACACGGGGAAUUGGUUGAAUGUUUUUAACAAUCAAAUAUCUAAAUUGGUAGUAAAUAACCGUUCGCGUCUCAGUCAAUAUGUGAGUGGAGAUUCAUGAGUUUGCAGUUGAUAAUAAUAAGCACGUGUCAAUUUGGAAAGCGGGACAAAAGUCGCCAAAAACGAAGAUGCUUGUGGAGCAACCGUCAACCGGUAGUUAAUUAUUCUUAAUGACAUGUGAAAAUGAAACGAGAAACUGUCAUAACCUGUGUAGAGCCAAACCGACGAGCAAAAACGAUGACAACGGUAUUGGAUGGCAGCUAUCAACGUAUGGAGCCAUACAUUGGAGAGGAAGAGGAUGGAGAAGAUGAUGAUGAACACGAGGAAACACCUCAGGAAUCUGGUGUUAUGAUACAUGUAGUACCAGAAGGGAAUAAAGCCAGAUGGAAUCAUGUUGAAGACCUAGAUUCAUUUUUUACAAGAAUGUACCACUAUCACCAAAAACAUGGCUUUGCUUGUAUGAUACUGCAAGAAGCGCUUGAACUAGGACAAUUCAUUUUUGUAGUUACUUUUUCAACCUUCCUUUUUCAUUGCAUCGAUUAUUCUGUAUUGUUCAAAAACAAAGUAACAAAUAGCACCUCGCACAAAACGUCGAUAAGUGACGUCAUUUUAUCAACGAGCGAAUGUGUAGCAUCUAUGGGUCUGGUUACAUGGAUCUGUAUUUUAGUAGCCGCAAUUUUUUGGAUUUUACGAUUAGUCAAAGUUUUAUAUCAUUGCACGCAGUUUUGGGACAUAAAAUUAUUCUUUAACACCGCGUUGAAAAUCGACGACCGCGAUCUGGACAAUCUUACCUGGCACGAGGUACAAAAGCGAGUCAGAGAAGUGCAAAAAGAACAAGAAAUGUGCAUUCACAAGAGAGAGCUUACGGAAUUAGAUAUAUAUCAUAGAAUAUUAAGAUUUAAAAAUUAUAUGGUGGCUAUGGUCAAUAAAUCCUUGUUACCCGUUCGACUUAAAAUUCCUAUUAUAGGAGAUAUUAUUUUCAUGACUAGAGGAUUAAAAUAUAACAUGGAGCUACUUUUAUUCUGGGGUCCAUGGUCUCCAUUCGAAAAUAAUUGGCAUCUCAAAGAAGAUUAUAAAAAGUUAAACAGAAGGCAAGAGCUUGCAAGAGCAUUAUCUAAACAUAUUUUAUGGGUUGGAAUAGCAAAUUUUCUACUUUGUCCACUAAUUUUACUAUGGCAGAUACUUUAUUCGUUUUUUAACUACGGAGAGAUCAUCAAGCGAGAGCCAGGAACUUUAGGUACAAGAAUGUGGUCUUUAUAUGGUCGGUUGUACCUUCGUCAUUUCAACGAACUUGAUCAUGAAUUGAAUGCCCGUCUAAAUCGUGCAUACCAUCCUGCUUCGAGAUACAUGAACAUAUUUACAUCACCUAUUAUGACUGUUAUAGCAAAGAACGUUGCUUUUGUGGCUGGAAGUAUAUUAACAGUCUUAUUAAUAUUAACCGUAUACGACGAAGACGUACUAACAGUGGAACACGUUUUGACUACCAUAACCAUAUUAGGCGCAAUGCUGGCAGGUGCAAGGGCAUUUAUACCCGAUGAAAAUUUAGUUUGGUGUCCGGAGACUCUCUUAACCGCUGUCUUAGCGCAUACACAUUACAGACCGGACAGUUGGCGAGGGCACGCUCAUACACAAACCACGAGGGCAGAAGUGGCACAAUUAUUUCAAUACCGUGCAGUUCAUCUCUUAGAAGAAUUAAUUUCCCCUCUGCUUACACCAUUUAUUCUGUGCUUCCGCAUGAGACAACGAGCCUUGGACAUCGUUGACUUCUAUCGUAAUUUUACGAUCGAGGUUACAGGUGUUGGAGAUGUUUGUAGUUUUGCACAAAUGGAUGUGCGAAAACAUGGAAAUCCUAUGUGGCAAACUGUGACUGAAAAUCUCGUACCAGAUCGGACUGUCGGAUAUGAUAAUCAAUAUACCAUAGAUCCAGAGAAACUUCGUAUUCCUAUAUCGGAUAAGUACACACAAGCAGAAGACGGAAAAACUGAAUUAUCCCUUAUUCAUUUCACCUUAACAAAUCCCGAUUGGAAACCUCCGAGUCAUGCAGAAAAUUUUGUUACCGCUUUAAGGGAAAAAGUUUAUCUGGCUUAGGCCCGGGUGUAAGUAUUUAAUAGUUUGCAAUUCAAUGUUGAAUUAACGUGAAAUUUAAUUCAUCUAAUAUUACAGUACAAUGAAAUAGUGUCGAAUAUAAUUCGAAGCACGAUGGUAAAUCAAGCAAGUGGGCCAUGCACGAGUAAUAUAUUUGCAAAUCAACCGGGUACGUCAAUUGUUUCUGCCGCCGGAGAUGAAUCAAUAAACGUGAAAUCAGAUAUUUUACCGCACGUGGUUCAACGUGGUUUAAGCAAAGCUGAAGGACCCGUACAUAAUGAAAAAGGAUUUCUGUAUGGGUUACAACAAGGAAUAUCGAAUCAAUCUCUAGGCGCUUCUGUCUUUGUAUCGAGUCACGAGUUGUCUACCGAUUUAUCCGUACCGGUAGAAUUAAUCGCUGCCGAUAUGUCUUUGUCUACAUUGUACCUGCAUGAACUUCAUCACAGACAAGUUCGGAGAAGGGGAUAUCAAGAAAUAGCUACGAGAAGCGUAUGGCAACGAAGUCCUGUUCAAGAGAUUGCUACGCUUCCUGAAGUUGGGCAAGAGAGAGCACCCUUGCUCUUACAUCAGGAUUCGUCUAUAAGAAACAAUAGAGAAUCUAAAUAUAACUUGAACACUCAUUUAGAUAGCAUCUGAAUCAUUCGUGCAGUGAUAUCGCCACUUUUAACAGAAUAAAAUAUUUUCAUUCGCUUUACGAUGCGAUGUCCUCAUGAUUUAUUUUAUAGCAAGGGAAUAGCUAGAACGUUUAAGAAUCUGUUUUAUCGAUGUAAAUACAGUAUCGAGAUAUUCCUUGACUAGACUCGUUUAGAAAGUGAACGAUCUCAAAAUGCCUAUUUUAAUCGUAAAGGCCUACGCGUGUGUACAUUUUGCGCAUUAAAUCACUUACGAACAAACGCUUCUUGGAAUUGUGCUAGGUU